ACAAAGCCGACGAGAAUUGUUUGGGGCUAAAAAGGAAAUUGAGCAACUUCGUAUUGUUAACCAAAAUUUUGUUGACAAAUCUUCUCAAGAACAAACUCUAGUUAACACAACAUACACAAAGUCCACAGAAAUGCCUGUGCCAAAAAAUCGAAAGAGGACUGCCGACGAACAACAUAAAAAUUAUUGUAGCGAAAGAGAUGGCUCGCCACCAGAAAAAAUUUUGAAGCCUCACAAAAAGGAGAACAGUCGAUUACUUGGUGUCAGAAAUACUCGUAUCUCCAGCUCUUGUGACGAUUUGAGCAAACUUCGACGUGAUUUAUCGCCACCAUUUAUCGACGACAAUCCAUUCGGCACUGAACAUGUUUUUGAGACAAAAAGGAAUUUUUUGCGUAUUCAUUGUGGACGUUGUGAAGUGGCAAUUCGUUUUGGUGUUAACUACGUUAAAUGUCAACGUUGUAAAGCCACAUUUCAUGAACAAUGUCGGAGGCAAGCUCCUCUUCCUUGUGUUGUUCGAAUUAUGACGCCAAAACCAGCUGGACCUAAAUCUGGACGUCCUAGACUUGGUGAUUUCUGUGCUGAUUGCCGUCCAAUGGUUCCUCCAUUAAUUACUUAUUGUACUUAUCAUUUGGAUAACUGCCCAGACUUGCCUUUUGAAGAUAUUUAUUCUAAUUGCGGUAUUGCUCGAGAGGUUGAAUUAAUUGCUAAACUUUUUCAGUCCAAUAAAAGUUUUCCAAAAUUGGACAAUUAUAGUGUUCUCAGUGUUGCUGGUUGUGUCAGAAAUUUUUUGGCACAAGUUCGAGAGCCUGUUAUUCCUUUCACUUAUGGAAAGGAUAUUAUUAAAUGCCAAGAGAAUACGAGUAAUGCCGGCAAUUUAAAUAGCUUAAUUGGGGAUUUACCAACUGUAUAUAUUUUAGAUUUUAUUUUAAAAAAUAUUUAGGCA